GAAAGAGUUAGAUGCAUUCUUGACAGAGAGAAUUCGAACUCUUCUGUGUUUGCAUGAAAUGAGGAAUACUGAUGCUUCGCUCAAAUUGAAUCGCAACGAAGUAUCCUCUGAUAUUGUUGUUUCCUCCUCCCCCGCGUCUCCCGGUCAGAAAAAUCAUAAUUCCUCCCCUCGUGUGUCUCCUAAUUCUUGUUGCAUUCUUUGUUCAGAGCAACAACAUAUAUUGUAUGCUUGUCCUCGAUUCGUAAAUGGUACACCGGUGGAAAGAUUUAAAUUGGUAAAAAGGCAUCGUUUAUGUGUAAAUUGCCUUCGUAAGGGGCACGAAGUCAAAAAUUGUAGCAGUCGUUUUUGUCGAAAGUGCAGUCAGAGACAUCACACUCUAUUGCACAGAGAUCGCUCUAUUGUGAGUAGUCCGAGUCAGAUUGUGACUCCUAGAAAUUCGAAUUUGUCGUCGUCUGCCCCCUCCUUUCGACCAAGAAACGUAAUUGUUAAUAGUAAUCGUACGCCCGCUUCAAAUACGAUUGAUUCAGUCGCAUCGGUCGGUAAUGUAGUUCGCCAAUCGUUUUACGUAACGCAGAAUAAGACAGUUCUAUUGGGAACAGCUAUGGUGAAUAUAGUUCAUCAUGGUGCUCCUUUUCCUGCCAGGGCGUUGAUAGAUCCGGCAUCUGAAUCGUCAUUCAUUUCGGAACGACUUCAGAAAAACUUAAAUCUGUCGGUAAAGUCUACUAAUUCGGUAGUUUCUGCGGUAAAUAGUACUGUCGCAGCUACCUGUCGAAAGGUGUGUAACAUAAAGCUUCGUAGUCGUUGUGAUAGAUCGCCUAUUUUAGAAACAUCAGCGUUGGUUGUAGAUUCUAUAUCGAGAAAUCUCCCAACAAUUUCAGUCACUUCGGACCUGAGGUCAGAUUUGUCCAAUAUAGUUUUGGCUGAUCCUCAGUUCGGUGAUUCUCGACCAGUAGAUAUUUUGAUAGGAGCAGAUUUGUACCCUAAAUUGGUCAAAAAUCGUAGUUUUCGGUUUUCGUCCGGUGCGCUGCUCGCUCAGAAUACUCAUUUCGGCUGGAUUAUUACAGGUCCUAUCACAUAACUGUUCACGCUCGUAUAUCGUACGGAUUUUUCGUUGAAUGACGGCCGCUUCAGACACAUUUACUUAGCUCACUUCGCGGGGUCCCUAAUGGCCCGGAGCCUCGUAUGGCUCCAAAUGUUUCAAGGUCCCUAAUGGCCUGGGGUCCUUAACGAUCUCGAAUGUGGUAAAGGCCCAUAAUGGCCUGGGGCCUCUAGUGACCCCGAAUGUUUAAAAAGGUCCCUAAUGGCCUGGGGUCUUUAAUAGUCCCGAAUGUGUAAUUGGUCCCUAAUGGCCUGAGAUCGCUAAUGACCCCGAAUGCUUAGAUUGUAAGCAUAUUUAUUUGAAAAAAUAAUGAAUUAAAAAAAAAAUUGAAAAAAGUUGAAAACAUGUAAAAGGUUUUGCUCACUACUUUAUGAUACCACAAAUUGUAAUAAUUAUUUUAAUCUUUAUUCGUUGAAACAUAUAGUUGUUUCAAGGGAGGCGGCAAAUGUUUAAGGUAGAAUCGCUGUUUAAAAUGGUUAAACACUCUGCCCUUAAUUUGAUAUGACAUAGCCGUUAAAAUCUGUCUACUCCUAAUUACUACAUCCUUGUUGUAGUAGGAUAGACAGAUUUCAACGGGCAUUUGACAUUAAAUUGACAAGCCGCCAACCUUUUAGGCAUCUAAAUGUCAACACAGAUAAACAAAUACCUUCGAGUUGGAUCGCCGCUUGAAUCGCAAGCAAAUAACCGCGCUUAUAUUGUAAGCUAAGUACAUAUCGUUGUACUCAUUAAAAGGUAAUAUCGUUUACCACCAAUAAAUACACGGCAAUUGGCCAAACCUUUU